GCUUAAUCGAAUCACGUUGUGAAGUUUACGUCUCAACACCGGUUAUAACGGAAAGAAGAAAAAACAAAAAACAGCAGUUUGCAAAGAAGCGACGAUAAAGUUGUUGUAAUGAAUGAAGUGAAGGCAGGAUGCUGAGGUGGACUGUUCAUCUUGAAGGUGGUCCAAGACGAGUAAACCAUGCAGCAGUCGCCAUCGGGGAAAAAAUCUACAGUUUUGGAGGAUACUGCACUGGCGAGGACUAUGAAACUAGACUACCUAUAGAUGUUCAUGUGCUAGAUAUCAUUUCCUUGCGGUGGAAGUUGCUUCCUGUACCAGCACGGCGCAACCUUCCACUCUCACCUUCAGGGGAUCUAACAAUUCCAUACCAGAGGUAUGGACAUUCUGCAGUGGCUUAUAAGGAUUGUGCAUAUAUCUGGGGUGGCAGAAACGACACAGAUGGGGCGUGCAAUGUUCUCUUCAUGUUUAACACAGUUUUGAGGCUGUGGGGUAAUGUGGAAACAAAUGGACCGAUACCAGGUGCAAGAGACGGCCACUCAGCUUGUGUUAUACAUAAAAAGAUGUACAUAUUUGGUGGAUAUGAGGAAGCGAUUGACAGAUUUUCUGAUGAUAUUUAUUCCUAUGACUUUGAAACAAAGACAUGGGCAUAUGUUAGAGCUAAGGGUACGCCUGCAAGAUGGCGUGACUUCCAUACAGCUGUUGGUAUUGAUAGGUUCAUGUAUGUAUUUGGAGGGCGGAGCGAUCAUGGCGGCAACAUGUUCACAAAUAUGGAGCUUUACUGCAAUAAGAUACAAGGAUUCGAUACAGUCACAAACACCUGGUUCCAGCCUGUUACGCAUGGUCUCAUUCCAACAGGGCGGAGAAGCCAUUCUGUGUUUACAUACAAAAAGUGCAUUUAUAUAUUUGGUGGCUAUAAUGGACAACAUGAUCUUCAUUUCAAAGACAUCUUCAGGUUUGAUACAAGAACCAACAAAUGGUCAUUAGUGGCAGUCCGAGGAACAGGACCAUGUGCAAGAAGGCGUCAAUGUUGUUGUAAGAUAGGAACAAAAGUUUACCUCUUUGGCGGCACAAGUCCGACCAAUCUGGCACCACAGGAUGUGGACGAUGCGGAAGUUCCCUUGAUGGAUCUAUCUGAUUUACAUGUGCUAGAUCUAGAACCGUCUCUCAAAACUCUAGCCAAGUUGGCUGUCCUAGAACACAAGUUGGACACAUCAUGUUUACCAAGGGAUAUAAGAUGGGAGUUAGCUGCAAUGACAACACCAAAUGUGAUAACUAGACCAAUUAACUCUAACGGAUGAUAAACUCUAACAGACGAUAAACUCUAACGUACUAUAUGCAAUAUUGUGUUAAGGCUUCAUGCAUGCCAUGUCACAAUCCACCUGGACAUUGUAAUUUGCAAUGGUGGUUUGCAUUUAUAAGUAUGGUAUACCAGUACAUUUUGUUAUAUAUCACAUUGUUUCUGUUACCAUACUUGAAAACUGCAUGGUAAAUUUCAGAGUGCUCUUUUCAGUCUUGAUAUUUUUGUAAUACCUAAUGUUAUACAUACGAAAUUUCAGGUGCAAAUUUGUGUUUCACAAAUACAACAGGUUCACAAUUAGUUGUGAUUCUUUUAUAUUGUUUUUUUUUUUCCUAGCCUAAUAUUACAGUGUUACAUGUGCAACGUAAGUAUUAAGUAUAUUAUUUGGUACACGGAAAUAACUUUUUUUAGCUCACCUGUCACAAAGUGACAAGGUGAGCUAUUGUGACCGCUUGAUGUCUCGAGCGUUGUCCGUCAUGCGUCAACAAUUUCUAAAAAAAUCUUCUUGAAAACCACUGGGCAGAAUUACACCAAACUUCACAGGAAUGAUCCUUGGGUAGCCCCCUUUCAAAAUUAUUCAAAGAAUUGAAUUCCAUGCAGAACUCUGGUUGCCAUGGCAACCAAAAGGAAAAACUUUAAAAAUCUUCUUCUCAAAAACCAGAAGCCCUAGAACUUAGAUAUUUGGUGUGAAGCAUUGCCUAGUGGACCUCUACCAAUUUUAUUCAAAUCAUGACCCCCGGGGUCAAAAUUGACCCCGCCCCAGGGGUCACUUGAUUUUACAUCGGAAAAUCUUAAAAAAUCUUCUUCUCAAAAACCAGAAACCCUACAGCUUAGAUAUUUGACAUGUAGCAUUGCCUAGUAGACCUAUACUAAAGUUGUUUAAAUCAUGACCCCGGGGUCAAAAUUGACCCCGCCCCAGGGGUCACUUGAUUUAAGAUAGGAAAAUCUUCAAAAAAAUUUCAAAAAUAAACCAGAAGGCCUAGAGCUUAGAUAUUUGACAUCUAGCAUUGCCUAGUGGACCUCUACAAAAUUUUUCAAAUCAUAACCCCCCCCCGCCCGGGGUCAAAAUUAACCCCGCCCCAGGAGUCACUUGAUUUUACAUACUAGGAAAAUUUUCAGAAAAUUUCUAAAACUAAACCAGAAGGCCUAGAGCUUAGAUAUUUGACAUGUAGCAUUGCCUAGUGGACCUCUACAAAAUUUGUUCAAAUCAUGACCCCCGGGGUCAAAAUUGACCCCGCCCCAGGGGUCACUUGAUUUUACAUACUAGGAAAAUCUUCAAAAAAUUUCUAAAAAUAAACCAGAAGGCCUAGAGCUUAGAUAUUUGACAUGUAGCAUUACCUAGUAGUCCUCUACAAAAUUUGUUCAAAUCAUGACCCCCGGGGUCAAAAUUGACCCCGCCCCAGGGGUCACUUGAUUUUACAUAGGAAAAUCUUCAAAAUUUUUCUAAAAAUAAACCAGAAGGCCUAGAGCUUAGAUAUUUGACAUGUAGCAUUGCCUAAUAGACUUCUACAAAAUUAAUUCAAAUCAUGACCCCCAGGGUCAAAUUGACCCUGCUCCAUGGGGUUACUUGAUAGUAGAUAGAAAAUCUUCAAAAUUUUCUAAAAAUAAACCAGAAGGUCUAGAUCUUAGAUAUUUGACCUGUAGCAUUGCCUAGUGGAACUCUACCAAAAUUUGUUCAAAUCUUGAGCCCCAGGGUCAAAUAGGCCCAACCCCAGGGGUCACUUGAUUGUACAUAGGGAAAUCUUCAUAAAUUUGCUAAAAAUAAACUAGAAGGCCUAGAUCUUAGAUAUUUGAUAUGUAACAUUGCUUAGUAGACUUCUACAAACUUUGUUCAAAUCAUGACCCCCAGGGUAAAAUUGGCCCCGCCCCAGGGGUUACUUGAUUGUACAUCGGAAAAUCUUCCAAACAAUCUCUAAAAAUCAUCAGUUUGACAUUUGAAACAUGUAGCUCAUAUUACUCAGGUGAGUGAUCCAGGGUCAUCUUGACCCUCUUGUUUUUAAUUUGAAUAGCUUCAUUGACAUUAUUUACCAUUUUUCUGAGAAAAGAUACUGUAGAUAUGAUUUUAAUGUGAUUAUCACAUUUUGUUUGUUAAUGACAUUGUUUUUGAAAAUACUUUAUAUCCUGAUGACUGUUUAUCUACCAAGUAACUUUUCUAGAAAACAAUAUACAGAUGUUGUUUAUUUACUGUACAUGUGGUUAGUUUUGCAGAACGAAAUGUUUUACAUUUUAUUUAAUGGGAAAUAUUUGCAGAAAAGUUUCGGCCAAAUGAUACUGUAAAAACGCAAUCAUUGACGUAUUAAAAAGGUUCUCACACUUAAAACAGAACAGCUCAAAAAGUUCAUAGGCAAGUAUUGAUAACCUGCCUGUUUGAAUAUUGAUUGUAAGUUCAUCUAAUCUAUUCAAUCAUCCUUGACAGAUAACAGUUUAUUAUGUUUAUAUAAAAAACUCAUAAAAGCAUUUUUACUUGGAGAACAUGUUAAGCAAAGUUUUUGUUACACAAGGCUGUGGGGAGUGGGUGAGGGGCGGGGGUUGGGAAGGGGGCUGGGGAUUACUGAUAAUUCAUCACUGACAGUGUGUCAGUAGUAACAUGGCAGUUUAUUUAAACAUUAAAAACAUGGCAUUUUAAAUCUAUUAGCAGGUAAAUUCUGAAAGAUGCUCAUUGUUUAUAUUAUACUAUAUUGUAUUUUGUUUUAAUUUAGAUAAUGCUUUUUGGAAAUGAUCACAUUACAAAUGCUUUGUCGUGGAAGUAAAUUGUGUGAUUUUGAAACAAGCUGUUUGUGAUAAAAGUAAUUUAGGCAUUGUCCGUUUAUUUUUUGGUGGGUGGGGAAUGACCCGACAGUUGUCCUUUCAGAAAUGUUGAGGAUAAAUUCACUCUGUCACUUGUGAUAAACAAAUCAUAGAGUCAAGCAAUUGCAGAGUCUGCCUAGUUUACUUUAUGACAUGUGUAAACAAAUAUUUUUGAAGUGGUUUUAAACUGUUCAUUUUUCUACAAGUAAAUACAAAUAACUAAAAAGAAUUGUUACUGCGAUCUGAAACAUGUUUUGUUUUCUCUAACUUUUAAAGUGUAUUUGUUAUUUAUUUCAUUAGUAAAUAUUACUGCAAAUUA